GAAUCCGAGGAUCCACCCCUCUACUGCAGCCUUAGGUACUGUACCACGAUAAGCACUCGCCCGAAUUCAAUGGCCCGGGCACCGGCACCUAUCCGCCAGCGAUCUGUCAGCACCGAAACUCUAACCUCCGCAAUGAAAAUCGAUCCAAUUGGAGCUACCAAUAACAGACCGAAGCCGACAGCCAUGGCAUUGAUCGAACAACCUACUUCAACUGACUUACCCAAAACUCCGAUUAUAAAGAGGCCACUGCACAGUUCUGUGCUAACCUUCCGGGUCAGACGGACACCUUUCAAGAUGAAUCGGGAGAAACUGCCAGCCUUACAACCUCUGGCGCCCUUUUCGUGA